AUGGUCUUCAAGCAAAAGCAGGCAGUAAUCACCUGCCCGGAAUGCGAAGCAGAAACUCAAGCUACGGAUACCGUAAUUAUUCAGUGCUCUGUUAUCGCAGAAGUUCCUCCGCAACCUACUGAACGUAUACUUGCAAAAGAAGUCGAGGAUAGGAGGCCGCCGUCGGAAUUGCUGAGCGAACUUCUCAUUCCCAAAACCCGAAGUACAGGAAACCUCGUCGCUGACGAGUUCAUUCAAAAUCGGCAAGAGGUCUUGAAGAGAUCUGUGGAAUAUAUGAAACUGAAGUUAGGAUGGAGAACAAACGAUGCUGGAAUUGCCAGUGCACAGCUGCGAGGCAGCGGAGAUCAAGAAAUGCAAGGCAUGCUAGAACUGUUGGCAAGAGCAAAAUUGGUCGGCGCAAACAACUCUCAGAACUGGGAUCAAUCUAAAUUCGAAAAUCCCGACUCCACUGACUUCGACAUUGUACCGGAAGAGGAAGAAGCACGGGGUCGGAGUCGCCGGAACACUCAUGAGAGGACGGCCUCUUCUGUUGUUUCAAACCACUCAAUCGGAUCGAUAGAGCCAGGACCAAUGGCGGAGGAGACCACAUAUGUCUUCCCCAGAUGGGACAUCAAGUCCUUGAAAACCCUCGCUCUGUUCAAGCUUCACAAAACAUUAACAUCGUUCACUCUAUAUGCAGUCCGGCGACCCGACAUUGUAGCGCUUCUACGAUACACCUUCUCUACUGACCACACACCGGAUCUUGUCGAUACCAUGGACGAUUUGAGGUUAUUGGUGAUGCUAUAUACAGCGUGCGAGGUGGAAAGUCUCAUUCACUGUCCCGAAUUCCUAUCAUUGAUUGGGGAGGGUGGUCAACUUGCCCAAAAUCUUGUUCAGAUGCUGAUGAAGCGUAUUAGCUGA